AUGCCCCCCGACGUGAAGCUUUCAGAAACCAUGAAGAAGAACUAUGCAGGACUACAGGAAACGGAUCUCCGGAAUGUCUACGUCGUCGUAUGCAUGCAUUCGCUGAAGGCCCGGACACGUGGAAUCACGGCCUCUGAGGUGAAGGACGUCCUGCAGAGGCGGGGCUACACCGCAGGAAACGUCGCCGACUCACUGAAGAAGCUCGAAACACGGCAGCUGAUAGUCUCGGUACAGGAAAAGCAGGCGCGAUACUAUUUCCCAAAGGAGCUUUCCCGGGCCAGCGACGCCGUCUCCUCGUCCUUGGCCGGCCGGUUCAGCGAUGACGAACUCUCCAAGCUGUCUGCCCUUGUGUACAAGGCGGUGGGACGCGCGCCUGUCGUCUUCGAUGACAUCUGCAAGGCCAUUCAGAAGAACGAGGUCGGGACUCUAACACCUGAGGAGGUCCGGGUGAUCGUGGGGGCCUUGAUAGCAGAUGGCGCUGUGGUGGAGAUGCUCACAAACAUGGGUCCGGCAUAUCGAUCAGUCAACAGCGACUUCUACUCCUACUGCCCGAGCUACGACCAGGUGCCUGGACACCAGGGCAUGCACGUGGCAGCAACCCCCUGCUGCAAGUGCCCUCACCUGUAUGUUUGUGGCCCGGGGAGCGCCAUCUCUCCCGAGCAAUGUCUUUAUAUCAACCAGUGGCUGAGCGGGGCCGACUAG